AUGGUUCCACCAAAUACCAACAACACACAAAAUCAUGAAAACCAACAAGAUUCUUCUUCAGAAUCCAAGAAACCAGAUCAACAACAACAACAACAACAACAACAAAGAGUUGUAGUAAAAUGUCCUAGAUGUGACUCUCCCAACACAAAAUUCUGUUACUACAACAACUACAGUCUCACUCAACCAAGACACUUCUGCAAAACUUGUAGAAGAUAUUGGACUAAUGGUGGAUCCUUGAGGAAUGUUCCAAUAGGUGGUGGUUGUAGAAAGAAACAAAAACUCAAAAACUCAUCUUUAUCAUCAUCAUCGUCACCAUUAUCAUCCAUUACUAAGUAUUCACCUUCACUUGAUUUUCAUCUUGGUGGGUUAUUACCCUUACCUUUACCAUUACCCUUCUCUUCAAAACCCUAUUUCUAUAACCAACUCCCUUCAAAUCCAAACACUUGUGUUUCUACUACAACUGCUUCAAAUUUUCAUCUUGAUCCAUCUAGUACCUCAAAUCCAAUGAUGGGUCUAAAUUUAUAUCCUUUUAAUUCUUCUACUUCAAAUGGAAGUGGAUUCAUCAAUGAAAACGCAAUUCAAGGAAUGAACUUUAUGAAUGUGAACACUAGUACUACUACUACUACAACUACUAGUACUAGUCUUGCCAUUGAAUCGUUGAGUUGUAUGAACCAGGAUUUGCAUUUGAAGCUUCAGCAGCAACGAUUAGCAACAAUGUUCGGCGGAGGUAACGACAAGAAAGAUAGUCUAAGUGGCAAUGAUUUGGUUUCUCAGGUUAGCAGCAUUGAAAAGCCUCAACCGAUUUUGUUUCAGAAUCUCGAGAAUUCGAAGGCGGAGAUGUUUCAAGGUGUUGGUGAUGAUGGCGAUAUGAGAAAAGCAGGUCCAAAUCCAAGUGAAUGGUUCUUUGAGAUGAAUUCUUAUUCAUCGAUGAUGACUCCUACAAGAACUAAUGAUAGUGUUUGCAUGAAUGAUGAUCAUGAGAUUGAGAAUGGAAACAACAGCUGGAUUAACAGUGGUGGUGUUCAUGCUUGGGGUGAUAUGCAGCAGCAGCAGCAGCAGCUACCAUACAGUGCUUUGCCCUAA